GUAAACAAGGCCAUUGCUCUUAUCCAACAAUACUUUUUUGAUAAAAGAAACCAAGGUUAAGCUCAGCAUUCCAAAAGAAUGAGACCAAAUCAUGAUUACGAAUACCAAGCGUUGAUUGGAAAUCAGAAAUCGGCGAUCAAUCGAUCAUCCUUCAAUCGAAAGCGUUGGAUCAUCAUCAUCUUCAUUAUCUUCAUCAUCACUACUUCAAUUGCUUAUCAAUUCGUCAUAUCUCAACAUUAUAAUCCAGAAACACACUCUUCCUUUAAGAAACAACACGAGCGUAAUCCUUCGUACUUAGUCACUGGUUGGAAUGGUGCUGUAGCAAGUGAAGAAGCCAGAUGCUCUCAGAUCGGUCUAGAUGUUCUUAAAGAAAACGGUACAGCCACAGAUGCAGCUAUAGCUACGGCACUCUGUGUAGGCGUAGUCAACUGUUUUUCAACAGGAAUAGGUGGUGGAGGUUUUAUGGUGAUCAAACCAGCACCUUGUAGAUCACGUCAAGAUUGUGUAUCAGAAACACCCAUCAGUCUAGACUUUAGAGAAUCGAUUCCAGGUGGAGAUCUUUAUUCAGAAAAGUUUUUAAAUGAUCCAAAGAGUAGUCAAGUCGGUGGUUUAGCCAUUGGAAUCCCAGGUGAACUUUCGGGGUUUGAUUUAGCUUUUCGUAAGUAUGGUGGUGGUGUAAGUUGGUCUAGGAUCUUUGAACCUUCAAUCAAUUUAUCAAAAGAAUUUCAAGUGGGUCAUGCAUUGAAUCAAAAACUUUAUAAUGAUGGUGGUAACGAUCACUCUCAAUGGAUUAAAUCGAAACCCGAGUGGAGAGACGUCUUCUUCCCUAAUGGACGAGACAUUUCGCAUGUUGGCGAUCUAAUCAAACGAGAAAAUUAUUCCAAUACACUCAAGAUUAUAGCAAAUCAAGGUAUUAAACCUUUCUAUGAAGGUGAUAUAGCUAAGCAAUUGGUUGAUGUUAUCAAUCGAGAAGGAGGCCAAGUUGAAAUGGAAGACUUUGCGAAUUAUCAAGCGAUAGUCAGACCAGCCCUUAAUACCACUUACCUAAAUCGAACAAUCUGGACUACUGAGAAUCCAUCAUCGGGUCCAAUGAUGAUUUACCUUUUGAACAUCUUAGAAGGAUUUCAACUGAAUCGAGUCCCAAGAACAGAACUAGAAGAACAUCGAUUUAUAGAAUCAUUAAAAUACGCAUUUGCUCGUCGUACCGAAUUAGGCGAUCCAGCUUUCCUUAAUACAACGCAACAAGAUCGAAUUAAAUCUUUCAUCCCCAAGACUUUUGCCGAUGAGACUCGUUCCAAAAUUGAUAACAAGACAUAUGAUUACAAACACUACGAUCCACGUUAUGACACUGUUGAAAGUCAUGGUACAACUCAUAUUAGUGUUUUGGACCAAUGGGGUUCAGCUGUUAGUCUGACUUCGACCGUUAAUCUGAUCUUUGGAAGUCGAGUGAUGGAUCCGAUCACAGGGAUCAUUUUGAAUGAUGAAAACGACGAUUUUAGUGUGAAAGGGAAAUCGAAUUCAUUUGAUUUAUUCUCUUCCCCACUCAAUUAUCCACAAAAAGGUAAACGACCCGUUAGCUCGAUGGCACCUAUCAUUGUUGAAGACCAAGAAGAAGUCUGGGCAGUAUUGGGGGCGAGUGGUGGAAGUAGAAUUCCUAGUGCGGUAGCAAGUACAUUGUUGAAGCUUGAUUGGGGAUAUGACUUAUCACAUGCUAUUGAAGAUGCACGAGUACAUCAUCAACUGCUUCCAAACCAAGCAAGGAUCGAGACGAGUUAUCCUCCCGAAUUCUUAGAGUCUUUAAAGGCCAGAGGCCACAAGAUCUCAAUGGUAGACGUCUAUAGUGGUCUUGCCGCCGUACAGGGUGUAGUGAGGAGAUCUGAUGGACUCAUAUUUGCAUCAAGUGAUAGCAGGAAACAUGGCGUACCAGCAGCUUAUUGAUAAUUUCUUUGAUAUAUAUACUUUUUAUUAUUUCAUCAUUUGAAUUGGGUAUUGUAUUAUACAAUAGGUAUAUGAACUUUAUCACAUUGGAAAUCUAACUGUUCAGCAAUUACAUUAAGCAAUAGCAUAAAACACGGCGUACCUGCAACUUAUCAACGGGUUUCUUUUCUCUGAUGUGUAUAUUUCAUGACUUCUAAACUUAGAUUGGGUCUUGCACUAUUAUACAAUAUUUAUAGGAACUUUGCAAUAUUUGUAUGUCUAUCUAUCCAGCAUGUUAUAUUUUGAUUCCUUGCAAGACUGACAUCAAUUGGAAAGUAGUUCAAUGCUUGCUUGUAUUCUUUGU